AUGUAUGCGACGAAGCCGCUGUCCCUCUUUAAGAGCCACCCGGAGGCGGCGUCCGGGGCACCGCCGGAGGGCCGGAACUCCGGCUACCUCGUCGUGAAGGGUGCCGCCGAUGAAGAGACUAGCUGCUGGGGCCUGUUCCCCGACCGGCGCGUGCGUGAGCUCCCAUUCCCGCAGGACCGCGUGCUCAAAGUGCGGGCAAGCACAGGGGGCCUCGUCAGGGCGUGCUCCCGCGAGGAGGACAAGGUGACGUGCUGCUUCUUCCGGUGCAUCAAGGACGUGGCGCCGCGGCCGUUCGACCCGGCCGACGUCUACCAGCAGAUGGAGAUCGUCCAGCGCAGGCGCGGGUGGUUCACGGCCAGGGCUGUCGCCGCCAACGGCUUCCCCUCCUCGCUCUACCGCAGCAAGUACUGGGAGGUGUACGCGUCCAAGACCGGGAAAUUCGAUCUCGGCGUCGGCGAUGCCAUGGGCAUGGACGCCGCGCUCCGAUCGCGCCAGCUCGCCGACUACGCCUUCCCGGUGGCAGCUACGGCGGCCGCCGUCGGGAAAUGGUACUCCCCGUUCUUCCUGAUCAAAGAAGCCGGCGUCGCGCCACGGGAGCAGAUGGAGCGCAGCGCGUUCUACGAGGUGACGCUCGAGCUGCGCUGGGAACCGGUGCACGCGUACAGCGGUGGUGGCUCCAAGCUUGCUAGCAUGAGGGCGUACAUCGGCGGGAGCGCGGAAGCGGAGGAGGAUCUGAACUCGCGCCGGCACGGCGACGCUUACUUGUGGUUCAAGGCGGCGGCGGCGAGGCAGCAUCUGGGGGUUUGCAAGAGCGUGUUGGAGAGGAUGCGGUGGGAAGAGUCCAGGGAGGGGUGGGUGGACGAGGAGGACGCCGAAAAAGUGACCAGCGGCGGAUCGGUGCUGGUGGAGAGGUUCGUGGUGAAGAGGCUGGACGGCAGCGUUGUUGUGGCCUUUGACUUCCUUCAUCUCAGCAAAGUCAGAGCAAAGCAGUUGUGA